AUGUUUGGCCGCUUUUUCAAGAACAAAGAGGACGGCAAGAGCGGUCCCCCUGGCCAUCAACGGCAGGGCGGCCACGGCAGCGCGGACGAGCCGCCCGUUGGUGGAGGCUUCUUCAACUUGCCACCUCCAGUCUCCAAGCCGUACAGUGCGCAAAGCGCUGCUGGUCCUGCUCCCCCCAGUAGCUACGUGGGUGGCGGAAGUGCUGGACCCGCUGGAGGGUACCCAUCGUCGUUGAGCUAUGGCUCUAGUUCUCCACGGAAGAGUCAGAUGAUGGGAGGAGGAGGUCCUUCGGGAACGAUGGACAUGUUUGGUGGUAUGUCGGUCAAACUGCCUGCUGCUGCUAGUGCUGCUCCUGCUGCGCCGGCUGUUGGUGCUGCGUUAAGCAGCAACGGCGGAGCAGCACGAUACAACCAGCAGCUUCUGAAUCAGCCACAGUAUGGCAAUCACGGUGGACCGAUGCACUUUUCUGGUGCAACGCAGUCUUCGAAUGCAGGUGGCACGUUGUUUAGUGGCCUUGAAGUUGCUCCCGGUGCUCCAGCGCCCAUGCUGCAUGACGAUGGAAGCGCACGAACGAUACUGACGAGCAAUAACGAGCAACGCAAGGCAAAUGGAAGCACAGGACCGCAUACUCAUCAGCAUGCGGCCAGUUUGAAGAGCGCAGGUGCACUGGACUCGUCACAGUACUCCCGAACGAGCGCGUCUAGCAGCACGGGUACGGCGACAUCACGGUCGAGCUCGAAGGCGGUGAAGAAGAAAACGAAGAAAACGUUCCGCCCUGGCUUUGGACGACAGCUUUCGGAUGAGUCAGCUGCAGCAUUGCAGCGCGGCGACCUGAAGGUAGACGAUAUCAUUCAGCAGCAGGAAGGACGACUUGGGUCCGAUCAAUCGGACAGUUCACGGAGUUCACGCCCCGCCACCGCCUCGACGGAUUUGGCUCACUUGUUGCCUCCAGUGAAAACUGGGUCGGUUCUGCGAGGUCUGACGGUUCAUAGAGGAAGCACCUCUUCCGGCAGCGGCGUUCUCGCUGGCCUUACGGUUCACACGUCAGCUUUGCCCCCACCUUCGCCAACGAAGGCGCAGGUACCGCAAAUUUCUGCAUUGGGAUCCGAUGAGGCUCACGUGCUACGAGGCUUUAGCAUGCACAAACCACCAAGCAGUAUUGCUGAUGAUGCCGAUGCCGAUGAACCAGCGACUGAUGAUCCAGUGACAAUACCUGACCCUGUGGUGUAUCCGAAAGCAUCUUCUCCAGCACUGGCAUCUCCCCUUACCCCGGAAAAGCGUUUGUUCAAUACGCUACACGACUUUCAUGAGAGUGCCUUGAGUUUCCGUCAGUUCACGGUCAAACAGCAUGAAGAGGAGAGCCGAUUACUGGAACGCAAAGCUCAGCUUGCGAGCCAGUUGACGCAAUACGAAGCGGAUUUGCGUGAUGUUGAAGCCCAGCAGCAGCAUGCAUGCGAAGUCGAGGAUUUCGAAAAAGCAGACGCACUGAAUGCCACCAUUAACAGUGUUCGACAUUGCAUUACGCUCACUGAAAGCGACGUCAGGAAAGUGGACAGUGAACUGGUCGCGUUUGUAAGGGCGAAGGAGAAGGCGUUUGCAAACCAACUGAGAAGUACGCGCGGUACCUUACGCGAGCUUGAGAAGUUUUGCGAGGAUCAAGAAUCCGAACGCACGGUCGUGCGCAACGAGUAUAAGCUGUAUGAGAUCAACCAAAAGGAGCAACUGCAGUUCGAAGCUGAACGCAUAGACACUGAACUGCACCACGUGUCCGUGAGUCUGGAAAAUGUCAAUUCUGAAAAGUCAGAGAUUGAGGCCACCAUUGAGGGUCAGUGCAGCUCUGAGUUUGGUGUCCAGGCACGAUUGAUCGAGGAGAAGAAGGCCGUUGAAGACGAGGUGCGCGAGCUUGAGCUCCAACUAAAGAAGAAGCUGGAGCGGGUUCGAAGGAUUCAGUCGGCCAUUGACACUGCUCAGCGCGAGAUCAACACAGUUCGCAAACGUUAUUCUCGCCAGCUAAAGCGUAUUGCUGAUCGUGAAAACGGUAUCAAAAAGACCAAGGCAGAAGUCGAGUCGGAUGGUGACCAUCUCGAGAAGCAGCGCCAAGAGUUCCAUGACAAGCUGAAACAGUACGCAGACAACAUAUCGGUGAUCGGCAAUCGUAUAGGUACUGUCAAAAAAGAGAUGCGUGCUGCGUCCUUACUGGCGAACGUGCUGGAAUUGCAAGAGACCCGUCGUGAGCAAUCUCUAAUCCGCAAGAAGCAACAGACCGCAGAACUCAGUUCACUGAAUGAUGCUGCUGUGGUGGCGGAACAGAGCUUCACGAUGCUGAAUAAUCAAUUCGAAGAGCUCGAGAAGUCUAUGUCGAUCCACCGAAAUGCCAUUGCAUCCGCAGAGACAAUGAUUCCGCGCUUGGAGCAAGAAAAGAAGGUAGCUGCCGCGCAGCGUAACUUUAAGGAAGCGGCGCGCAUUUCCAAAGAUAUUAAGGCGCUAGAAAAGGACCGUUCAACAGCUGAGGAGAUGGUAGAGGUGGUAGAGAUGGAGCUCCAAGACUUGAAGGAGCGUAUUGACAGACGUGAAGUGGAGUACGAAGAGAAAAAGAAGGAGUUGAAAGAGAUGGAGAAGCACCUGGAACUUGCGACUUUGGCGGAGUUGUGGAAAGAAGAAAAAAGCUUGCGAACGGCGUUGCGAAAGAUCGAGAAAUGCAAGAGUGAGGGAGACGCUGCAAACGAUGGCAUCGACUUUCGGUCAUCGGCACUGCUUUUGGUUCAGGCUGAGUACGAUGCAUGCAUUCUUCAAGUCGAAACACUGGAAAAGAAGUACGACGUGUCUGACCCCACGAAGGACGACGAAGCUGAGGACGACAAUGAUGACGACGAUUCGCUCGACGGUGAAGACAAGAAAGGCAACGAGCGGUCUAGCCUCGUUGAAAAGCUGGCUGAUGUGCACAAAUUGGAUACGGAUGAUAAGGAUACCGAAGACAGUAGCCAUGUCUUGGAGGAGAUUGCUGCGGAACUGCUUCAGCUCGAGUCUCGUAUUCAAGAGGCGACGACGAACGAGGAGUACGACUUGGCUGCAAAGCUUGACGAUCAGGUGGAGAUGCUGAAGGAGCGCCAGCAGACAAUAGAAGCCUCGGUGUCAGAGGAGGUGGCUUCAGACGACGAUGAUGAUGAUGAGGGCGAGUCUGUAUCGGCGGAUAUGGGAGAGUCGGGUAGCCGUGAGUACUCAAGUGAGGCAAGUGAUGACGGUCAAGUGGAGUACACGCACAGCGAAAUGAUGAGCCCUGUGAGUGCAGUGCAAAGUCUCGGUGACGUGACGCACUCUCUAGCAGGAUCUUACGAGCGAGUUGUGAAAGUAGAUGAACAGAUCGAGCUGGAGUCUGAGCGCGAGGAUUACGAUACCGCCGCGCAUUACAAGGACGAACUGCAUUUACUUCGUGAGCAGGAGAGCACUAUGUCUACCCAGCUUGGCUCUCUAGAGGGAAGCGAUGCCGCGAUAGCACUGAUUGCGUCUGAAGGACUCGCUGUUAACGCUGGUAACUCUUCCAUUAUUGAAGCCGGGGCAGGCAGUAUUUUGGUGGAAUCACCUCACGAGAUAGGAGCUGGUUUCGUGACGCGCGACUCGUUGAACGGUGGACUUCAGAUGAGUCGUGGCUCAAGUUGUUCGUCAAAGAGUUCGGCCAAGAUCCGAAUGACGGAGGUUCAGGCGAUGGAGGCAAACGUGGGUGGAGGUCUUGAAUUGAAAGAAGCGGUGGCUCCUGCCAAAUUUGAAGUCAUCUCACCUACAUCCUCUGAAAUGAAAGACUCGUUCUUCGGCAACCCUGGGGCGUCUAACAACAGUGCUAGUCUAGUUGCGCCAUCGGCGUCUGGAUCGCUUUUCGGAGGAUUGCAAAUGAGUGGCGACUUUCAGGUCAGCACAUCCUCCUUUUGUUCACCGAACAAAGUGACAGAAGGAGACAAUGAAAACGAGCGAACGUCUGACGAAACGGCAACUAGAGCCGUAGACUUAGGCGCGUAUGCUCCUGUCGACGACGGUAGUAUGUUUAGCGGGCUGCAGUUGAGCUCCAGCGGGGUCAGCUUAGGAGCAAGUGUACAGACGGAGUCUACUGCAGAGACAAAGACAGAAUCUGUUGACAUGUUUGGCGGGUUGAAACUGAGUAGCGGCUCAGUCUCUGCAACGACAGCGGCGACUGUGCCGCAUGUCUCGAUGGAUGCAACAAGCGACGAUAUGUUUGGUGGUCUGAAGCUGUCCGGUAUAUCGGCCGGUGCUGUGCCAGUAGAGCAUAUCUCGACAGGUGCGUCCAAUGACGCGUUCAGCGGUCUAGGAUCGUCUAUUGACGUCGCAGGCACCUCAAUCGGUGUGCUGAACGCGCAGCCUGGUGUUUCGGAGUCGAGCAGCAGUGCCGCUGCAGCCACAACAGCCGCUGACGAAGCAGACGUUGCAUUGCCUGCGGGAACAAGUCUUACAGAGAGCUCGGGGGGUACUCGAAUGUCGAUACACGAGCUAUCGGAGCACAGUGAGAUUGUUUCUGUGCAAGAGACAAAGCAGAAUAUGUCUAUCCUGUUGGACAUGCCGGCUGUAACAUCAGCAACUGUGGUAAGCAGUGUGGAGACAGCAGCUUCAACAGCCGUUGUCACGACAUCCGUCAUUAAUGUCUUCGGUGACGGCGAGAGAAGCACUGAAACUGAGCACGACUCAAUGUAG